UUAUUUGGAUUAGUCCAUCUAAAUUCAUAAUUUAUAGUUUGCAAGCUUAUUUUGCAAUAAAAUUGUAUCAGAAAUAUGCGUAAAAAACUAACCUUAUUUUACGAAUGAACAUAAGCUAAAAAUGUUAAUGAAAAAUAAUACAAGGAUUGGCUUGGAAAUUAUAUUCCAACCUGAAUGUUAUUAAUCAAUGUCAUAUUCAACAUACUGGUUGGCAGUGACGAUCUGCCGUGUCAAGUCGAGUUUCGUGCAGCUCCGUAUAAUAAAUCCAUUUUAAUUGUAAAACGAAUGUAUUUCAGUGUCGUGUGUUAGUGCAUUGUGAUCAACUAAGUUCGAGCUUCAACUUCAAUGUCUCAAAUAAUCUGAAGUGAAGUGUUAAUAGAUUUAAUGUUGUUUUAUUUGGUCGACAAUUUGAAGAGUAGCUUGUUUGCAGGUUAGAAAAUUUUUCUGUACCGGUCAGUUUCAAAGCCUGUUGUUAGUGUUAGAGAGCUUAUCACUUGUCAGCCUCUAUCUCAGAUAAGUACUGCAAUACUUUCACUCUUUUCUAUAACUGUUAUUACCGAUAAAAUAAGAAAAAUCAUCUGAGCUGAGUCAUAUUAUUGCUAUCCUGAUACCCCUUUCACCUUUUACCCUUAAUCCUUAAUCCUUCAUUUUCCAGGAGCUUCCAUAUAUUCCUGCCUUGAUGGCUCUCUAGGCUUUAAUCAUCCUUUCUAUAUUCCCUACCCGCAAUAAAAGAAUAUGCUAUAAUUAAAGCUAUUGAAUUAGGCUACAGUGGUGUUUUUCCAUUCAACUGUUUGCAUCUGUAUAUAAAUCACGAUCCAAGUUUCUUAGGCUCUCGACAUUUUCUAUAAGUGCGUUUUUGGCUCCACUCAAUCAUGCUUAGACGUACUGGACGCUAUAAUUAUAUAACAAACCUUAAGCAUGAUCUUAAUAGUCUGAAAGAGAAUUUUUUUGAUAGAGGAGUGUUAGAGAUAGCUAUCAAUUUACACGGAAUACUUGACACAAUAUCGGAUAAAUUCUCAAAGGAUGUGGUGAUUGACAUGAUCCCCGAAAUUACAUCACUCUUAAAUAAAUAUGAUGCUUCGGUUAAAGUAAAUGAGGAACUGCAAAGAAUAUUAACCGAUGUGUCAUCAGAAAAACUUGCACUAGAGCAAUUACUAUUACAAGAGAAAAAGAACAGGAAAAACGAUUUUGACGAGUCUAUUACCAAUGAGGAGAAAGCAGAUUUUGAAAUUAAUGAACUUGAAUCAAAGCUUAGUUUCAUGAUGACAUCAGUUGAUGAAUUAAAGACUGAAAUCGGUUCCAAAGACGCGAUAAUCAAUUUGUUGAGUAACGAUGCGCAAAAUGCUGCGGAAAAAAAAUUAAAACUGGAAACUGAAUUGAAAUCUAUGAGGAGGAAUUCAAUCGAUUCAUCAAAUAAUAAUAACGAUUUCAUCACGCCGAGAACUUCAGUUAGAGCUCGAAACAAUGCAACUUGUGCUAUUAAAAUCAAUAACCAAUUUACAGUACUCUCAGAAAAUAUAUCAACAUCAUCUUGCUCAAAUAGGUAUACAUCCGAUAAACUACUGGUCAAGGCGCAAAUACAUAGAUCCACUACACCUGAGAAUAAAUCUUUCUCUAAACGCAGAGUAGUCAACAAUAACUCCAACAAAAAGAGAAGGAGAGUAACUAUUAUGUCUGAUAGCCAAGGUAAACAUUUGAGUAGAUAUCUGCAGCAUCUCGAUGAUGACUUCGAAGUCUUCAUUUAUACCAAGCCAGGAGCCAAACUAAAGCAUGUUGUUCAAGAUGGGCUUGUUUUUGUUAGCGAUUUUACUAAGGACGAUUUUAUAUUCAUAUUAGCUGGCUCAAACGAUCAUCACUUGGAUGAACCUUAUCAGCUAACCCUGUUUCAAGGAAUUAGUUCUCUUCUCGAACUAAACCUGAAAACGAACAUUAUAGUGUGUAGUGUGCCUUUACAAUAUGAUGACCAGCGGCUCAAUGAAAACAUUCUCCACUCCAAUUCCUAUUUGUCUCGUAUGGUGCGCAACUAUAAUGGCGAAAUGAAACUUCACUACUUCAAUACCAACAUCUCCCUCCAGAGAACUCAUUUCACGAGACAUGGUCUACAUUUCAAUCAUCAAGGAAAAAGACUUAUUUCAAAACACUUAGCAACAUUUGUCAAACAGAAUUUUAUUAAUAAUGUUCAUAAUGUGUCUAUGACUGUUGAAAAUGAGAAUUCCACAAGGCAGCAUAAGAUCCAAUCCCUUGAAAUGCCUGAAUCUCCUGAUAUUCAAUACAUUGGUUCGUUUCCUGUGACACCAACCCCACUAAGUUCAGCUGUAUCCUGUGACCCAACUCCUGAAGAUACAAUCUCUACAGAAAUAGAUUUACAAUUUCAAUCAGCCUUGCAUCGAUCCAUUAAUGAAACAGAUUUUUUAGACAAUUCAGCAUUUCCUUUUCUAAGCAAAACAAUUUAAGUGUUCCCAAUUUAAGUAGAAAUCACAAUGGUUAGAAUUCUCAUAAACUUUGAGUGUGUGUAUUGACUAUCGACUCAAGCAGUACCUCCCCCCUCCUCACCCUUCCACCUUGUUGUGACGUUCUUCAGAGUUCCAGUCAGUUGACGUUCUGAUGUCAUCAGUUCGUGUUGAUUGCUCGCUCAAUCACUCUUUCAGGUUAAACCUCAUUUCAAAUAUUGUUUUGAAAGUUACAAUUUUAUUUUUAAAAGUAAACUCUCAGUCCUCCAUCGUAAACCCACUUAACAUUUCGUCCAAAACCGGGACGGAUCGAUCAGCUCAUAAAAGUGUUAGUGAAAGUUUUGUUUCACAUCGUGAAUGCUCAGGCUUCACAUUGUCAGAGUUUAUUUCGUUUGUAUUAUGUAUUCGGGACUCAUCUCAUUCAAAAGAUCUAUUUUUCUACAAAGAAAUACGUUUAUUUCAUGUGAUUAUCUCUGUGCGUUCAGAAGUUAUUGAAUUUCAAAAUGUCUAUUUUUCAAAAGGACGCCAACAAAAUGGUGUAUCACGUUCAUUGUCGCAAGUCAAAUUAAUUACAUGC